AUGUUUCGCUCGGGUUACUAUCCAACUUUUACUCUAAGCCAUUGGGGCUAUAACGGCACUGUUAAACAUGUGCUAGGCGAGAAGGGAACCAAGUCUUUGGCUUUCAGAGACUCCAAGCGCCAGAUUCCUCUUCAUGAAUUCGUAACCAAACAUGUGCCUACACUCAAAGAUGGUGCAAAUUUUAGGCUAAAUAGUAUGCUUUUCACAGGUUACUUACAGACCCUUUAUUUGUCAGCCGGCGAUUUUUCUAAAAAAUUUCAGGUAUUUUAUGGUAGAGAGAUUGUAAAAUUUUCAGAUGGGGGAGUUUGUACUGCAGACUGGGUUAUGCCUGAAUGGGAGGAAACGUAUUCCUUAGAUGCUAAACAGGCAAAUUUUAAUGAGAAGCAGUUUUCGAACGAUGAAAAGGCCACCCAUCCAGAGGGUUGGCCUCGUCUCCACCCAAGAACUAGAUAUCUAUCCCCGGAAGAACUUGAAAAAUGUCAUUCUAAGGGUUACUCUUACCCUUUGGUGGUAGUACUUCAUGGCCUUGCUGGCGGGAGCCAUGAGCCUCUCAUUAGGGCCUUAUCCGAAGAUCUAUCAAGAGUUGGUGACGGUAAAUUUCAAGUUGUAGUCCUUAAUGCUAGAGGUUGUUCAAGAUCCAAAGUCACCACUCGUAGAAUCUUCACCGCACUACAUACAGGUGAUGUAAGGGAAUUUUUGGACAACCAAAAAGCUCUAUUUCCUCAAAGGAAAAUAUAUGCAGUGGGAACAUCAUUUGGAGCUGCCAUGCUAACAAACUACUUGGGUGAAGAAGGAGGUAACUGUCCAUUGAACGCUGCAGUUGCUCUUUCAAACCCAUGGGAUUUUGUACAUACUUGGGACAAGUUGGCUCAUGAUUGGUGGUCCAACCAUGUUUUUUCCAAAACAUUAACGCAGUUUUUAACGAGGACUGUCAAAGUUAAUAUGAAUGAGUUACAAGUACCAAACGACUUUGAGGUUUCGCACAAGCCAACGAUUGAGAAACCAGUUUUUUAUACAUAUACCAAGGAAAAUUUGCAAAAGGCUGAAAAAUUUACGGACAUAUUAGAAUUCGACAGCCUUUUCACUGCCCCAUCGAUGGGCCUGCCGGACGGGUUAACAUAUUAUAGAAAGGCAAGUUCGAUAAAUAGAUUGCCUAAUAUCAAAAUUCCGACUUUAAUAAUUAACGCGACGGAUGAUCCAGUUACAGGUGAGAACGUAAUUCCAUACAAACAAGCUAGAGAAAAUCCUUGUGUUUUAUUGUGUGAAACCGACUUGGGCGGCCAUUUGGCGUAUCUCGAUAAUGAAAACAAUUCCUGGUUAACGAGGCAAGCCGCAAAGUUCUUGUGUAGCUUUGAUGAGUUAGUUUUAUAA